AAAGGAUCGGGCAUUCUUUGCUUUUUUUUCCGAAUCCUAUCCGACAAGAGAGAGAAAGAUAGAGAGAGAAAGAAAGAAAGAAAGUGUUUAUAUGAUUCAAGACGACGAACCAGUACCUGUUGUUGGAUUUCGACGUUUUGGUUCUUUUUUCAUUGAUUUUCUUGAAAACCUAGUGGAUAAGAUUCAAGGUGUAGAAAUGGCUUCAAAACCCAUCAUCGUUCAACAGCAAAACAUUAAUGAUGCUUUGCCGGUUAAACAGAAGAACAUGGUACCCGAUGGAAGAAUCCGACGUGCGUUAGGCGACAUAGGAAACGUCGAAACUGAUCAAGGAAUCGAUGCAAAACUGAUCAAUCGCCCUAUCACUAGGGGUUUCUGCGCAAAAUUACUCGCCGACGCUAAAGCACAAGUUGCGGCCGGCGGCGGCGGCGUUGAAAACAAGAAAGUUGCUGUCAAGAAGAAAGUAGUAACCGUCAAGCCAAAGCCUCCGGUUCAUGAAGUAAUAGUGAUUAGUCCAGAUACAAUGGAAAAGAUCAAAAGCAAGCAGAUUUUGAAGAAGGAAGGAAUUUCGAGGAAAAAAAGACAAUCUUUUACAUCGAUCCUCACUGCAAGAAGCAAGGCUGCUUGUGGGUUGAACGAGAAGAAAAAAGAGAAUAUAGUGAGUAUUGUUGAUGCAGGAGAUAUCGAAAAUGAGUUGGCUGUUGUUGAAUAUAUUGAAGAUAUGUACACUUUCUACAAGGAGAUUGAGGAGGAAACCCAAGUGAAAGAUUACAUCAAAUCUCUGCCGGAGAUGAGUGUGAAGAAGAGAGCAAUUCUAGUUGAUUGGUUGAUUGAAGUUCAACAGAAAUUCGAAUUAACAAUGGAGACUCUUUAUCUGACCAUAAACAUAAUGGAUCGUUUCCUUUCAUCAGAGCCAAAAACAGAAAGGGAUGAAUUUCAGCUUGUGGGUAUUGGAGCAAUGUUAAUGGCAUCCAAAUAUGAAGAAAUCUGGGCUCCAGAAGUGAACGAUUUAGUUUCAAUUUCAGACGGAUCAUACUCACACAAAGAAAUUUUAAGAAUGGAGAAACGAAUCCUUGAACGUCUAGAAUGGAAUCUAACAGUCCCAACUCCUUACGUGUUCUUGGUUAGGUUCAUAAAAGUGGCUGCUUUAACAGCAGAGGAAAAGUUGAUUGAAGAGAAUAUGAGUUAUUUUCUUGCUGAAAUUGGAAUGGUGAAUUAUGCAACUGUUUUGUAUUGUCCAUCGAUGAUUGCUGCUUCAUCAGUUUAUGCUGCUAGAUCUAUAUUGAAUAAGAAGAGGAAGGCUGUUUGGAAUGAAACUCUUGAAUUGCAUACUGGUUAUUCAGAGACUCAGUUGAUGGAUUGUGCUAACAUGCUUAUUGAUUUUCGUUUGGAUGCUGCUCAGAAGAAUUUUAGGUCGGUUUGUUCUAAGUAUUCGACUUUGGAGAAGGGUAAUGUUGCCAUGUAUACUUCUGUUUUCAAUGCUUGAAAGAAGAAGAUGGUUCUUAGAAAAAAGGGUUUAGUAGUAUUCAUGAUGGUGAUCAUUUGAUUUUUGUGAUGAUCACUUAAGGAAGAAAGUAGAUUUGAUUUUAAUUGUUUUCGUUGAUGAAAACUAAAACACUAUUUGUAAUGGCAGUUUAAUAGUUCAUUUUCAUAUUGCUAAGUUUUUGU